UAAUACCGAUACUACGUACAAGCGAUGCGUAAAAGCGAAGAAAGCGUGAAUCCUCACCUUUGGUACAAUCAAUACCUUGUAUACAGGUUAUCUCGAUUGAUUCAAGUUUGAAUGACGGAAGCCCUUCUUUACUCUCAGCCUCACCUUGUUUCAAACGGCGGGGUUGUCCUGUGUGUGUGUAUGUGUCUAUCAAUUUUGUCUCCGCCCACCUAGAAUGGUGAGCUAACAAGAUAAGCUACGAGGCAAUUUGUCCCAAAGUAUUUGGAGGCUUGUCUCUUAUCAAUUGUUUCACUAAACCGGACUUUUGAUACGGACCCGGUCCGAUUCGGUCGCCUACUUCCCCGCUUCCCCCCAACCAAUCUCAGAGCAGCGCGUACCAUGCGGAAAUGUUGCUGUUGCAUCUCUGUCCAUGGAGGGUCCAUCUUCUUAGCCAUCCUGGGUAUCACCCUCUGCCUCUUGGAAUUGGUACCCAUUAUGCCAUUUCUUCUCCAAUGGAAGUCCUUUAAUCCCAUUCAGGAGAAUCUGAGUCACGCCUCUUACGUGUUCAAAGAGAUCUUGAAAGAGCACAAUGCGACCGAGGAAGAGGCCGACCAGAUCGUGGCCAAUGGCAUCUCCAUGGCCUGGAUAGGCUUGUUGGUGGAGGCUAUCCUCAGUGGGGUAUUCGUAGUGUUCUGUUUGCUGAUGAUUUGUGGCGUGGCCACCAAGAAGCGAAAGCUAAUGCUGCCUUACCUGACCUACCUCAUGGCAGCCAUUGUGAUUUUUGUCCUCGUCGGGUUCAUCCUCUGCGGCCUCUUGUGUUUUGUGAACCUUAUCUCUGGCUUGGUGGGUCUGAUAUUGGUCCUGGUCAUCACCGUCCUAAUGGCCUACUUCUGGCGAGCCGUCCAAAUGUCCUAUAAAGAACUGGGAUGCCAAGAUUACAUGUAUUCACUCGCGCCCAUGGACAGCCACUCUAAACGAAACCAGCACAAUUCUCCUCAACAAUUCGAUUUAGCCUAACCCAUCGAAGACUAAAAUACAUUUUAUGAAACAGAA